CCGGGCCGCCGGGCCGCCGCAGCCACUGUCGCCGCCAUGCUGCCCGCCGCGCUGCUACGCCGCCCGGGCCUGGGCCGCCUCGUGCGCCAGGCCCGCGCCUACGCCGAGGCCGCUGCCGCCCCGGCCGCCGCCGCCCCCGGCCAGAUGUCCUUCACCUUCGCGUCCCCCACGCAGGUGUUCUUCAGUGGCGCCAACGUCCGGCAGGUGGACGUGCCCACGCUGACCGGAGCCUUCGGCAUCCUGGCGGCCCACGUGCCCACUCUACAGGUUCUGAGGCCGGGGCUGGUCGUGGUCCAUGCGGAGGACGGUACCACCUCUAAGUACUUUGUGAGCAGCGGCUCCAUCACGGUGAACGCCGACUCCUCCGUUCAGUUACUUGCCGAAGAGGCCGUGACGCUGGACAUGCUGGACCUGGGGGCAGCAAAGGCGAACCUGGAGAAAGCCCAGUCGGAGCUGUCCGGGGCGGCGGACGAGGCCACGCGGGCAGAGAUCCAAAUCCGAAUUGAGGCCAAUGAGGCCCUGGUGAAGGCCCUCGAGUAGGCGGUUCUGCUGCUGAGAACUCUGCUCCCGAGCCACGUCUUCAAAUGACCUGCCUCCUGCCCUUGCCCCCAUUAAAGACCGAGAAACUUGA